AUGCGUGGGGCUUUGAUUGCGAUAGAAGGGCUUGAUCGGACGGGUAAAACUACACAAACUGAACGUCUACUGGCCAAACUAAAAGAGUUGAACAUCACACACAAGCUGGUGAAGUUCCCCAAAAGAGACACCCAGAUUGGCAAGCUCAUCAAUACAUACCUCACAGAAAAGUCUUUUGAUUUGAAUGACCAAGCAGCACACCUUCUGUUCAGUGCAAACAGAUGGGAGGUUAUUGAGGAGAUCAAAAAAGACUUACAGGACGGCACGGUGGUGAUACUCGACAGAUACGUGUAUUCUGGCGUGGCGUACUCGGCUGCCAAGGGGUUGGACUUCCAGUGGUGUCUGAGCCCUGAUAUUGGGUUGCCAAAGCCUGAUCUAACCAUAUUCCUGAAGUUUAGACAAAGUGAAAAUGCAAGCAGAGCCGGGUUUGGUGACGAGAGGUACGAGGUGGCCGAAUUUCAGGAAAAGGUCAAACACAUCUUUGAGAACUUCAGCACCAACAGCGAAUGGUCUCCCUUGUACGUCGAUGGGUUGAGCAUUGACCAAGUCCAUGGGAAAAUAUGGGCGUUGUUACAGAAGUAUCUUGGGGGCCUUGACAAUGGUUUGCAGGUUUUUUCGAUAUAA